GCCGCUUAGAUCUUUCUACUCCUACCCACAUUACUCAACACAGCGGCGCAGACGACAAAAACGACGCUCAGAGCCUACCAGGACGUCUAGGAGACUUAGUAGGGUUGUUUGGCUCUAGAUUCCUUUCAAACUCGGCAACGAAGACGACGGUUUAGGACAACCGACGGAUUUUUCCAAAGCUGAGAGAAACCUUCACAUAUCUACGACAAGAACGGCAACGACAACGACGCAGCUACUCUCGUCUUUAGCGGGAGAUCUCGAGUUCAAUGCGGCUGGAAUGACCGACGAUGUUACCCAUGGAAAAACCCAGCGAGACCUUCCACCAUCACCUACCGUUCCUCUCAAGCGCAAAUUGCUGCAUGUAAUGGAACCGUCAACAACGACGCCGGUCGCCUCCACAUCUAACUCCACGUUACCCUCUAUCUCGACUCCCACUCCGAUCCCACCCACUACUCAAGCUGGCAACGACGAACCGAUUCAUUGUAUCUGCGGGAUCACCGUCGAUACCGGAUUCUCAAUAUGGUGUGAUGGGUGUUCUAAAUGGGUUCAUGGCGAAUGUAUGGGGGUGGAUUUGAAGGACAAGGAGAAUCUUCCGGAUAGGUGGUGGUGCUGGGAGUGCGACCCUCGUCCUAUUGAUAAGGAGCGUGCUCAGAGGAUUCAAAGGGCAAAGUUGGCUGGGAUAGAGUGGAAUGAAGCAGAGUUCAAUAGAGGAGCAGGAGCAGGAGGAAACAGCCAAAGCCAUACAAAUGGGAAGAGACGAAGUAGUCCAGGCGUCGAACGAAAACCUCGGAAGCCGAUAUCUACAGCCGCCGAGGGUGGGUUUGACGCCAAACGCAGACGGAGGAUCUCCAGUGCUGUUACCGUUACAGCCUCACCAACUAUAUCCACGACCACAAACUCGUUCCCAGCUCAUGCCCAGACAGCGCCAGAAGACGAGCAGGUUGACGUCGACGACGACGCAUCCCAAAACACUUUUAUUGACAUUUCCACCGACAUCAUUCCGAACCAUGAAACUCGCGACAACCUUCGUCGACAUGCACACACUUGGCGUGGUGUCACGGCUAUUAACGACGACUCGAACCCACACCCUUCAACUACUCCUAGGCACUUACACCCCUUUCCACCCACUCACCAUCCGAUUGCGCUCCAUCGUUUUCCAAAUUCUUCGCCAUUCAUACCACCUUCGUAUACCGUCCAUGCCAGUCAACCUAUACCUUCAUCACAGUUCAUAACGACCUAUCCUUCCCUCAUCACACCUACCUCUCAAUACCUGAAGGACCCUCUUAAUGCCUAUGCUCUCUUGGGAAUGCCGAAGCCUUACGUGCAUCUCAUAGGGCCGCCUUUGGACCUAGCGUUAGACGCGAGGUGGUAUGGGGGGAAAGGAAGAUGGGUGAGGAAUGGGUGUAAACCUAAUGCAGUGAUCCGGCCAAUCAUCUGUCGGAGGAAGGAAACCGAGAACGGGAAGCCGAAAGAGGGAGAGAAAGGGGAAGAGAAGGAGAAAGAGAAGGAAGGAGAGAAUGGCGAAGCGGAAGGUGACGAUGAGACCCUUUCGUUCGCGUUAUUCGCCCUGAAGGACUUGAAAGCGAACGACGAGAUUGUGUUGGGAUGGGAAUGGGACGAUGGCAAUGUGGUGCAUCAAUUACCUGCAUUGAUUGGUAGUGACACGGUCAGGAUUGGGGGGAAAGACACUGCCAACGGACCUCGCAACGUCUCACACCUCAAAGUUCAAUUGUCUAAUAUUCUCCAUUCCCUACAAUCCACCUUUACGACUUGCGCAUGCGGUAACUCGUCCAGAACUUGCGUUCUGCGUCGGAUGAAGGAAUUUGUUGGUAGUCCAGGCGACGAGUUUUCCUCCACACGGCAAGCCCCUACCAACGUUCCUCGUACGCCAGCUGUACCUGGAUCUCCACCACCUCCCACUCUCAGCUACGUUCCUCCGUUUCUACACCCAUCACCUUCAACCCCAUUUCCAUACCCAAUAUUCCCUCCAAUGCUCGGUAUACCUACUCCUUCCAGUACGGCUAUGGACGAAGACACUGAAGGGAGCGAUGUAGGCCCGUCUAGACUACGCGAGCCUUUAUUCAUGGCUCCAACGUUGUCGUUACUUCCUCGUCUCCAUGCUCCCGUUCAACCCCAUUCACCUGUGCCCCAAGAAGACAAACAGAUAUGGGGUCCCAAGACUCGUCUCUCAGCACGUCAAAAACACCCUACGCUCAAUCUAAACCUCGAUUUGGGGCCGUUGAUAGGUACGAAACGCGGGUUUCGUGCUCGUGAACGGGCACCUGGUUCUGGUGGAUUAGCUGGGUGUGAGAUGUGGCCUGGUGAAGAUCCGUUGGAGGACUUUAGGAAAGCGAAGGAGAGUACGCCUCCUACAGAGGAUGAGGCUGAAAUGGGCAGUAGGCAAAAACGGGAUUUGAGAGGGUUACGACUGGAUACUUUGGAUGGUGGUUAUUGGGGAAGGAGCAAGGGGAAAGGAAAAGAGAGGGCUUUUGAAGAGGACAUGGAGGUGGAUGACGAGAUGAACGGAAAUUUUCGCGUUCGAAGGCGAACUCGGUCACAACAGCAGCAGCAUCAACGGCAGAAGGACAUGGAUACCGAUAUGGAUACUUCGCUGUCACGCCCUCCGCCAAAGCCCAAAUCGCCAUCACCAUCACCACCACCCCCACUACUCGAGGAUCAGAUGCCCCCGAAAAUGCGCAAAGCGAGGAUUCAGAGGGAGGCGAGGGCUUUGGUUGAAGCUGAGACGGUAAAGGAAAGGACUGAAGGGUCUCUCGGUAUCAGCGCUGGAGAUGCUAUGGCUGUCGACGAAGACAAGCGUCAGGGUGAUCUCUCUGCCGACCAGGUUCGCGAACUUCCUACAAGAACACUGUCUCAAAUGGAAAUGCCUCCACCGCCUGUACCCAUCAGAGAAGAACCAAAUAACAUCCUCUCGACGCCACCUACACCGCCACGUUCAGAGACAGAAACACAUAAGUCAAGAACCGCUUCGCCUCCAUCACCACCUCCGAUACCUUCUGGUUCAUCUCGUCGUGCGCCUUCCCCUUCACCAGCUACGACAUUUGCGCAAUUGUCUUUGGUAUCACCUGCGCCUCGCAGCCCAAUCCUUGUUGAACCUUUCACAAUCUCAGCUUCGACUAGUGUAAAGGACGUUUCAUCGGAAGACAAAGAAUCUUCAUCAGUCGAACCUCCUGCAUCCCCGCAGUCACCUGAACCUACUAGGACCGUUUCCAGAUCACCUGAGGAAGCCAAAGAGCAACCGCACUUGGUCCAGUCGCCGAAGCCCCUCGAGAUCACUCACCAUGGAGGCGAAUCUUCAGGGGUAAGGGAGACGAGGGAUGUGGAGAUGGUUUCUGAUCUGGAGUACUUGGAUCCGUCACCAGCAACAAUACCCUCGCACUCGCCACUACAUGUAUGGGAGCCGAUGAGUCGAGUCCGACCUUCGUCUACGACGGAAACGCAACCAGAAGAGACAACGAAGGAGAUAAAGCAAGAGAUGGUGGAUAAGGCUGAGAUGGUGAUGGACACAGCGGUGGUGGACCCAAUAAGUCAAGGUUCUGGUUCUGGUUCUGGUGCUGAAGACGUUGAGAUGAACGGUGUCGAGAAUGAGUCCAUUGCAAGUACACCGGCUUCACCACCUCCGUUAUGCACUGGCUCUUCGCCUCUUUCUUCGCCUCCGCCAGAGUUAAACAACGAUGAAGAUGCCGAUAUGGAUGUUGAUCUGCCACCACCGGUAUCCCAACCUCUGCAGUCAUCUCGUCAAUCUCCUUCACCUUCGACUACUGUUGGUCGUUUGUCAACGGAACCUCCUGUCGUUAGUGAUGACGACGAGGAUCCGCCAACACUGGUGCCAAAACAACCUUUCAAGUCGCCUCCUCAUCAAUCAUCUUCACCUUCGAUUACUACCAGUCGUCAAUCAAGGGAACCUCUUGUCGUCGUGGACGAUGACGAUGAUGAAAAGGAUCCUAUCACGCUCAAUUCUUUGGAGGUUGCUCUGAAUGGGCACAAGUUACCGUCCUCGACAACCCUCCGGCCACAGGGAAGCGCUACGCCAGUUUUAUCCCCUCAAAGCUCGUCUUCAGUACUACCUGGUUCGCCGGACGCACCGAUGAAGAAACAGAAGCUGUCACUGAAAGACUUCGCAUUACGGAAGAAACGGAUGAGAGAAGCUCAGGAGGCUGCCAAAGGUGAUUCGCGUGGGGAGGGGAAAAGUCAGUUGAGUGUAGUCGAGGGUGAGAUGCAGGAAAAGGUUUAUGGCCAGAUGGAUGAAGUAACGAAACCAGAAGAGAUCACGCCUGCCAAGAUGGGUCUACGGUGGUUGCUACAACCAUCACAGCCUGGCGGGAUGGACCUUAAUAGUCGUAUGCCCUUAACAUCUACCAACGCUAGUCCACAAGAGAAUUCCAAUGGCGCUAACAAGUUCUUAAAUCCGACCGUUUCCGACAUCGAACCUACGAAAGUCACUGCCUCAUAUGAACCGGCGGCAGUCUCCUCGUUAAUGUCCUCAACGAAUGUAGAGCAACCCAAGAAACCGAGGAUCACUAUCAAAGAAGCUCUUGCCACUAUCAAGGCUUCUGCCGGUCCGCAUACUCCAUCUACGCCUACUCCCACGUCCUCUCUCCCCAAUCCACCCCCAAACCUGAUGCACAAACUCCCUCCCAAGCCGAACGUUGCACCACCCCUCAGUACUGGUUCCACCUCCGCUGGCGAUGUCAUUAAGAGCAUCGCCCAUCCUAGCAUUCUUCCCGGUGUCAAAGCUCACCUACAUUCGCCAAUCGAACGACCUGUAACCCCCGAAACUCCACCUUGGGAGCGAAGUGAGGAUGAUUCCCGAGGUCGAGAACGUAAUCUUGACCCGAACAAUAACGACCGUUCUUUUUCGCGUCAACAUACACCAAAUCCUCAUUGGGAUGCCUGGUUGAAGAGGAAGCGGAAGGAAGAAGGGGAGAAAAUGAGGAAGCAGAGGGAACUUGAGAGACAAAGGGAGGUUGAUGAUGAGAUUGAUAGGCAGAGGAUCGACGACGACAAUCGGUAUUUGAGGCAGAUGGAGAGAGUGCGGGAACGGGAACGUACUCGAGAACGGGAAAGAGAGAGAGACGACGGCUAUGUGGACGAUGGACAGGUUUUACACUACGACGAUGAUCAGGGGUAUUCACGAAGUCGUAGUCGGGAUUUGGUUGAUCGUCGAAGAGAUGACCAUCGGAGGAGCAAUGAGCGCGAACCGUUCCCGAGAAGACGUUCCUUAUUCGACAAUGCACAGGAAAGCACUGUUUCAAGCUCCAAGUCACCAUCCCCUCUACCUACCCAGCGCUCCAUCAGUCCUGCGAAGAAACCGAGCUCAACGGCGGUCUUCUUUUCUCCUCCUCCUCCACCUGAUGAACUUAAGCCGUCUGCUCUAGCACAUACACCAGUAGUUGCAGCACCUAACCUUUCCUCCAACCCUAAAUGGUCACCUACGAUGGUUUCUGCUGCAAUGAGUUCGAACGGCGAUACCUUUACUUCGCUCGCCGGUCAUGCGCCUUCCAGUACUCCUGUUCCCUCUGCAUUAAUCUCUACCUCGAUGUCUGCCUCCCCCGUACCUCAACCGACUGCCGUAUUUGUCGCUGCUUCUCCGGCUCUCGCCAUACCAUCGUCAGCACCACGUCCUAAAAGUCCGCCCACUCAACCCAGAUCGUUUGCCAAUAGUGGGCGCGAGCCACCAAAAGCUCCUAGAGCACUCAUAGCUGGCGGUGCUCUCAACCGUACAGGCGUGUUUCCCUCGACCGCAGUGGGACGAAUACGUGAACGGGAUCGAGAGAGGUAUCACAACUCUGGGACAGAUGGGAACUGGAAUGAGGGCUGGAGGAGGGGUUAGUAAUGUUCAGAUGAGGAUGUCCGUGCUCUUUUUUUGUCUUCAUUUUUUUUCGGUUUCGAUAAUAUCUGAAUCACUUUUUUACUCUCUAUAUCUUGGUUUAUGUCCUUUUUCCUCGAUUUAUUAGCCCUAUCAUUAUUCGUUCCUGUGUUUCAAAGUGCUGUGCUCUGAACGUAGUUUAUCCUUAUUAUUUUCUCUGCUGUACGAUAAGGAAAUUAGUCGUAGUGUAUAUAUAAAUGAAUCAUUCGGUACUAAUCGGCCCAACUCCACUAGAAACACCUUUCAAAGUUCUACACUUGAUACGAAAACUACUUUACAAACCUAAGUAUUCGGGCGGG